ACACAGGAAAAACGCUUACAUUUUGGUGUCUUUUGUGAAAAAUUAAAGCUCACCAAAAGGUCUGUUUGAUCUUUAAUUGACUUUAAUUAUAACAUUAAAUGUUCAAAACGUAGAAUGUACCUUUGUUAUACCUUUAAUUGACGUUUUGAUUAAAUUAAAGGCUACUAACCUUUUGGUCUUGUUUUAUGACCUUUAAUUUACCCCAAAAUGAACUCUUGAGAUUUAGUACCUUUAAUUUUAAAUUAAAGCAACCUAAAACGGUUUAAAAUCUUUAAAUAAACUUAAGUUUUAACUUUAAAGUUUGUAAAGGUAAUUCAGGACGGCCUCUGUCAUUUUGAACUUUAAGCGACAUUUAGUUGACCUUUAGGGUCAAGACACCGCAGGAUCUCAGAUAUAGCCGAGCUAUACACAUUGUCUCUAGAGUUCAAUACUUAUAUCUUAUUUGAUCGCAAGAGGUGUGUUACAUACGCAUGUCGUAGCUACAUACAUUCACUCUGGAUCUGACAGAAUUUUGAGUUUGCGUAGAAAUCAUGGAACGAGAAGAAAUAAGUAAAGGUUAUGUCUAUUGCUCUCACUGUGACAACGUGGUAUCACGUUCGACCUCAAGAGGCACGAAAGGAAAAGAUAUUCAUUGGACGCAAAGACUGAUCACGCUACAUCUUCAUGAAAUAAUGAAUGUGAGUACACAACAGCGCUAGCAAUUAAGCUUUUAUGCAAUUAUAAAAAAUGCGUGUCGGUACGUAGUCACUCAAAUGAGCCAUGCUUUAUCACUUCUAUUUCAAUACAGUUACGGUCCUUGAAGAAUCCUCUGUUGUUCAGGAAUUAUCUUGGAACGAUUUAACCAUCAGAAAUAAUAAGGGCGUGCCAUCACCAGACAGUCAAGGUGAGCAUAAAAUAAAAAUGCACCUCUCUGGUGACUUCUAAAUAGACUAUUUGUGCGAACAAGUAAUCAUACUUGACAUAGAAAAUAUGUUUGACAAAUAUAAAUGAGGCAUUGCUGUCCUUACCGACUUUAGCAAAAAAACGCAAAAGUGACAGACUUACGUUAACUUUCAGAAUUUUGCCUUGAAGAAGCCUCUCUUGCCCAUGCGGCAUCUUCAAAAGAAUCAACAACUCCAGAAGACGAAAAGGUGAGGUGUUUGGGAGGUCGAGCAUACAUUUAACAAUAGAAAUGUACCGAUAAUAGAUGUAAUAAAAGAAACUAUAUGCUAUUACGAAGGUAUCGUUACGCAUGGCCCCGCUUACCAUUAUUCAAGCAUUUUAUAUUAUGAACGGUUUAAGUGAAGUUUGAGUGCUCAGCGAUUCCCGAAAUUAUAGCAUUCAAAGUGUAGUUUGAUUUUCUUUUAGACUUCGGAAAUUGGUCAUGAAGUCUUUGUUUGUUUUUAACUGAAGUAGAGGAUGCAAACGAUAUUAUAGUUGGGUUAUGUUUCAGUGGAAAUGAAUAAGAAAAAGUGGAUGUGAAUAUUUCAGGAAAUUGAAAAUAACAUAGCUUUAUGUGCAGGAACCUGUGCUUUUCUUCGUCGUGUAGACGCCUGGAACCCCAGACGCUUAUUAAUUAAGUUCGGCGAACUAAUUUAAUUCAACACCCAAUGCGCGUAAAAGAAAACUGUUGAAAGCAUAUACAUAACUGGGACUGACUUAAUGGAGAAAAAUAUUCUUGCCAGUCGGUGUUUCUGUAGUCAAAGCUUAAUAACAACAAAAGCUAAAGAAGAAAGAGGCUUUCCUCCUGCGAAGGGCACAUUUUCUCGGGUCUCUUUUUUUUGGAUGCCGCGGGGAGUGUACAAAAACACUAUUAAAAGCGAUGUUUUCGAUUGAUGUUUUUGAAUAACUUGGUUCUUUUUCUUUAUUUUAAUAGUCAGAUGAUGAUCCCGUGCAAAACGAGUUUCACUCUGAAAGUGACACCGACAGUGACAGCUGCACAACAGAAAAGUGUCAAAGUGGUGACGAAAAGACAUCUUCCUCCGAGUCAGAAUCAGAAGAAGUCUGGAGCGGAGUGUUGCCCAAGAUGCUGUCCAGAGACAUUGAAAAUACACCACCAUUACCCAAAGCGCAACGCCAGAAAAUAGCCCUUCAAAAAGUAAAUUUGCUGGUUUUCUGGCUCCUUUAUUUUCUCCCACUCUGGCAAGCGACAUGCCAUUUAAGUGAUAAUGGCCUGGUCUGGCUUCUAAAAUUCCUUAUCUCAUGGCUCAAAGUUCUUGGCGUUGAAAUCUCCAGUGAGGUAUUCGAAAAUGUGCUUUUAAUCUUCCUUGGGUCGUUGUACCUCGUAAGACUUUCUAAAUUUGGACAGGGACGAUUUUAA